AUGCAGUAAUAAUAAUAACAAUUAAGAUCAUCUGAAAUUAGGCAAUCUUCAACUUAAUCAAAUAGUGCAAUGGAUGAACCAUUCCUAAAAUUUUUAGCUGAAAGUAAUUAUUUGGAAAGUGAAUAAUCGUCCCAAGAAAAACAUUAAAAAUUAACCAAAUGCAAAACUGAACAUUCUCUUCAGCCAAUCUAGUACAUCAAUUCAAAUUCAUUUACUGUUAGCGAUAAGAAGGUAUUCUUAAAAAUUAAAAAAAUAGUUUUCAUUUCCAGCAAAUGAAAUUCUUGAAUGGGAAACCUUAUAAAUAACCUUGCCACCAGAAGUGUAUCAGUUCUUACUGUUUAUGAAAACCUAGUGCAGCAAUGGUAUCAUCGUUUACACAAACGAAUAAAUAUAAGGUUUGUUAGAUGAUAGUAAAGUAAUCAUGUAUAGAUAGAUAUAUUUAAAAUAGUAAAAAUUAAUUAGAAUUAUUUUAAAAAUUGAUAGACAAAGGAUGGAUUUCAAAAACAACAAGAUUAUUUAAUGAUAUUGCAAUUAACUUUUAUUCAUUAUCAGUAAAGAAAUUAACUUAUGAAAAUUUGGUUUGGAUUAUUAGAUCCAUUAAAAGAGACCUAAUCACUCCAACCGAAAGAUUAGUGCAAAGCAGAAUCAAAGAAUGUUAUGGCUUAAAGUACAAUAGAGUUGAAUGGGAACAUAUUAUGAAUUAGUUAAAAUCUCAAAAACACUAAAUCAAAUUCCGUUCUUCCAAUGGAAAAUUAAUAGAAUUGCCAUUACUCCAGGUCAAGAACAUCAAGGAUCCCUUAAUAUAAGAGGAAACAUAUGGGAUUUAUAUUUAUUAAUAAAAUUGGAUUGUUGAGGAUGAAUUUCAACCAGAAUUAGAUAAAAAAUAGGAGUGGACUAUAUUUAUAGAGUUUUUGAUGGACUUUUUUGCUAAAACAAAUGCUCAAAACAACAAAAUCUUAAAAGGAGGUAGAUAUGGCUGUGCCUAAUNGUUGAUUUACUCUUAAUAACUCUCAAAUAGAUUUAUGAUUGUUUGA